GCCCCUCCCUGCCAGAGUCAGAAAUAAAAGCUGCAGAGAAGACUCAGCUGGGCUCAGAAGAAGCUGUGCUGUGAGAAGCAGAACAAACAUCCCUCUGAGAGUAGACCAGUUGCUCGGAAAGGAUACAUCCCAGUCUGUUAAGCUUGCCUGCAGGCUGUGCAGUAUGCUUCAGGUUUCCCAGCUUGGUGAGCUGUCAUCUAUGCUGGGGUGGGCCUUGGUGCACACACUGUGACCAACGCAACGACGAAGUGGAUUUCCUUUGUGUUUAAAGAGAGAAGAAGAAAAAUGUCCCCGUGUCUGUAGAGAUGAUUUGCAGUUCAGCCCGGCUGAAGCUGACCGAAUGAGACUAUGGGCUGUGCCUCUGCCAAGCAUGUUGCUACUGUUCAAAAUGAAGAGGAGGCUCAGAAAGGGAAGAACUACCAGAACGGAGAUGUGUUUGGCGAUGAGUAUAGAAUCAAACCGGUGGAAGAGGUCAAAUACAUGAAAAACGGAGCAGAAGAGGAGCAGAAAAUAGCAGCCAGGAACCAAGAAAACCUGGAAAAAAGUGCCAGCUCGAAUGCAAGGCUUAAAACUAAUAAAGAAGUCCCUGGAUUGGUCCAUCAACCCAGAGCAAACAUGCACAUCUCUGAAAGCCAACAAGAAUUCUUCAGAAUGCUGGAUGAAAAAAUUGAAAAGGGUCGGGAUUACUGUUCUGAAGAAGAAGAUGUCACAUAGCAUCGGCUCGCCCACUCGGACCAGGAGCUACUACUGUGUAAAUAGGUUCCACCCCAGUUGAAACCUUUGCAAAGGUCGGUUCUCUUCACUGAACAGCACUCUAGCCAACGAAGACCGUUCCAUAUCGUAUGCCCCAUUAAAUUACAGUGUUUCUUAAUGAACCUGCAAAGGAAUAUUGCUAAACACAAACAUACACAUCCAAAAAAAAAAAAGCUAAAAAACUGUUCUGGAACUUUCUUUGUUGCUGCUAGUUAAAACUUGUUGCAACUUUUCACUUCUCUCGUGUCCAAGUAUGCAGCACAGCUCUGCAGUUCACCUUAAAGAUACUAUUGGUUUUCUGAUGCUCUCCGGCCUAUUUUCUAUAGGAUGUAGUGAUGAACUCUGGUACAGACUUCAGUUCUAGCCUGGUUCUGCUUUGAAGUCAAGCUUCUCUUCCCCCCUUUCCUCCUUAUCCAUCUCUUCCAAGUGGUCCAGAGAUGGCCUGAGCUUUGCUUCUCACUGGUUAAUGUGGGUCUUUGGAGAUGGGAUGGUGGCCAUGGUGAGCCUUGUUUCACUGCUCAAAAGUUGAAGAGCCACAAUUGGUUAAGCGCAUGCUGUGACUUGACUCCUGGAAGUGACACCAGAGUGAGCAGCAGGCCAAGCCACUUACCAGGACUCUUAGUGCAGGAACAAGCUUGUAGCGUUGGCUUUGCUCAGAUGCAAAUGGAAGUGUGACCACAAUCAUUUUGAAUCCCUCCUCCUCCUCACGUUUUUUUUUUCUAAGAAAUAAACAUUUUACUGUUUUUAUGUAUCCUUGUCUUCUCCCAUUCAUCCAGUCCAGCAUUUUAAGAUGAUCCUAAGUGUGGAAGUUAAGUGUUCCCUCAUAGUGACACUGAUGGGUGGCCUAAACGCUCCCCACCUUCUGUUGAUAUCUACCCUGGUCUGGAAGGGCUAUGAGUGGUCAGAAGAGAUGAGGGGACAACCCUGUGACUUCUUAGGAGGGCUGGAACCACUGUGACUUUUGGUUUUAUUAGGUAUUAAAGCUCACUGUUUUCUAAGUCUCCGCCUUCAAAAUGCUAUGUGAGCCUUGCCACGUCCUUCCAUUGUGUUUCCAGCACCAGUAGUGUGGGUGAAAGGUGUCCGCCUACAAGAAAACAGGACAGUCACUCGGUAAUGCCAUUUGGAGAUGUGGAAGCCGAAAGUCCUUGGUGGUGGGGAGUGUUGACUGCGUGUUCAGUAGAGUUUAUUUUUCCAUACUAUAUGAAGAGAAUGGUCUCUUCUCAAAGACAGAAGUAAUAUUUUUAACAAAUAUUGUCACAAGUAAAUAGCAAUCAAAAGGAGAAAAUAACUUUUGUAUUUUUUUAUCAUGUUUGAUAGCUUUGAUGAGGGUUCUCUUUGUUACUUUCAGGGGAGGGCACCCUAUUCAAUGCCGUGCCAACAUGCCAGCAGUCCAGGGUUGGGUUUAUCCUGCACGCACACGCACACACACACACACACACACACAGGAGUACUGUGUUUUUCACUUUGAGGGUUGUGAGGGCCUCACUCUCAGCCACACUGCCACCUUUGGAAGGUGGAAUAGUUACCAGAGGGACAGUUGAAAUGUUCCCAGCUGUCAAAAGGUGUCCGCCACAGAAUAGACUAGGGAGCUAAAUUGGUUCUUGCCAAAAUGAGCCUUGACUUUUAAAUCUGUCCACAAAAUGUCAAGAUCUCCUGUUAGACCCAGGGCAACAAAAGUGAGGGAGAGAAAAUGCAGCCGAGUGUAAGACUCGAGUGUAAGCAACAAAAUCCCGUAAUUCUUGCAGCCAGCAGCGGCUAUUUUGGGGAGCAGCUGUGGUUGUUACAUAAAUAGAGUUGCAGCCAGAAGCUAAGGCUUUUUUAUCCAGCUUCAAGCAGAAAAAUGCAGGGAGAGUCCAGUAGUCUAGGGUUUUAAGUUCCCUCCCUUUGUAUGGUUUUGGCCAAAGGACGAAAAUAGUUUUCCUCAACUGUAAAUGAACUGCUAAACCCCACCUCAGCUUGUUCACUGGAGACUUUGUUCGCUGUUCUGUGGACGGCCUUUUCCGGAUUCUCAUGUUCUUACUGCGCAAGAACGAGACGAGUGUUAGCGUCUUCCACGUGACUCCUCUGCUCGGUGUCUAAGACAGUGUCUUCCCAGAAAGUCAACACCCUCGACCCGGAGAUGAAACACCCGUGUCCUUUGCCUCAGUCACGUUUAGCAUUUUUGGAUGUUACCCAUGUCUCUUGGGAACCUGACUUUCGAGUGUUAAUAAAACCCUAAGUGCUGUUCAGGAAGCCGCGGUUUUCACAGUUGUGUCUCCCGUGUUUCACGCUGGAUGCCUCCUCGCUGUACAGAAGUGAUUUCAUCUUCAGACACAUUUGGUACCUCUAGAAAUAGGUCCAAGAAAGGGGAUGGUUGAGCGGGUUGGCAUGAAAUGGCUUGACUAUGUUAGCAACACUCCAAACUGUCUGUUUUCCAUUUGUUGGUUUGAAUCAUAAAAUUGUCAAGUGA